CUUGUCUUGCUUGACGUUUGUUUACAAGUUUUUGGUUUUCGUCUUUUUGUAAUUUUCCAUUAAAAAAUUGGUGAAAGGCAAAAUUAUUUCAGCAAAAAUCAAAUACAAUACAAUUUAACUAACAUGGAAAGUUCCAGUUCAGCGAGUCCAGAAGACACAAAUACUGUUAGACUUCUCGCUAAAGGUGUUCUAGAACUAUACGAACCCCCGUUAGCUACAAUCAACACGCAUCUCAAAGAAUUAACAGAAAAACAAGAAACAGUCCAACUGAUGCUGACCUCCGAGAGAAGGAAGCUCGAAGACCUUCAGAAUGAUGCCUCAUUGGAUGCUUUGUUGGCAGAUAUAGCAACAAACAGGGAAAAGUUAACAUCCAUUUCCAGUACAAUGAUGAACUUGCAUAAAAGAGUACAAUCCUUGCAGACUCGUGCAGCAAAUAUAGAAAAGGCAGCAAAAUCUCGUGCUACUGGUGUAGGCCGGCCAACUAGUAGUUAGUAGUUUUAGUUUAUUUAUUAAGUACUUUAAGCUCUAAAAUAUAAGAUGCAAUUUAAUCAAAUAGUCCAUAGUUGUCGGCGAAAAAGGUUAGGCGACAUCUUUUCAGUAAAUGUCGACAUUAAGCCCAGUGUCGGCAUUAUAACUUACAACAAGAUUGUCGGUGUAAAUAGUUAUGCAACAUCGAUAUAGUAAACUCCGAUAGUAAGUCUAUUGGCAGCAUUGGUAAGUAAUCGUAAAUACAAAUGAGUAGGUUAUCUUCAUAGAAACGCACCAAGCGCGGUUUGUAUGUGAGCGCGCCACAAUAUGUAUGCGGCGCGCACGCACACACUGACAAAAUUCGAAGCAACCACGACUGACUCCCCGAUAAUCCACGUAAAAUUUUGUCAGUGUGUGCGUACCCGCCGCAUACGUAUUGGCGCGCUCACAUACAAACCGCGCUCGGUGCGUUUCUAUGAAGAUAAUCUACUCAUUUGUAUUUACUCUGGUAUCGGUAGGUAUUGCCUUGAUCACACGUACCGAGCAAACGGGCGAGACAGUGCUCUCGGUGUGUAUGAACAAUACGCUGAGUACUCGG